AUGGUGCUGCAGGCGACAUGGAUGCAAUGGGGAGCCGUCUGUCCGUCUGAUGCGGUCGACGCCAUCGCUGACUCACAUACCAGGCUUCUGCGGCAUGUCUGUUGCUUGCUUGGUGCAGGUGUCACCAGUCGGGUGUCACCAGUCGGGUGUCAGUGGCGGAGGGAGGCUGGGCGGAGGCUGGAGGGCGGCCGGCUCGUUGUCGGUACUCGACCGUUCUCGAGCAUCUGGGAUGUGGCCUCGUCGUAUCUCCCCGGUUGGUCCCCGCAUGAGCUCCUGGCCAUGGCCACUGCAGUCGGCGCGGCCUCGUCGCAGAUUCGUGCGACUUCUGGGCCGCUGCAGGAGAACCGUGGUCUAUCCUCGAGCUAG